AUGGCUACCGGGCGAUGCGAUACCGAGCAUGAUAGACUAGCGGCGGCAGCCCAAGAUGUAUUUACGCUGUCGAAGACUCAAAACGUGCUCUGUACCAUGCGCGCAAAACCAGCAACACCGUCCACGAAACACAGCCAAACGGGCGAUGAACGUCAGUCUGCGGUCCCUGCAGUUUCACCACAUCUGCCGCUCGAAAUUAUCUUCAUCAUCGGCAACAUGGUCCUCGAAGACCUGCCGCCAAUGAAGCUCGUCAAGAACCAAAUUGUCUUCUACAAGUUCAGCAAGAGGUAUCAACCAGAGGAGGGAACAGAGCUACCUGCAGUUCUACAAGUCUGCCAUGCGCUUAGGGACGAGCUGAGUCCGAGAUACUACCGAGAAACGGUUGCGCGCAUUGAGAUCAGCGAUUCUGCGAAAGAUCGCAGACGAAGUUUCAAGCUUGAUCAAAACACAAACACGAACAUCGAGCUUCACCGCGAAUACGCUGUCUUCAUGGCGCACACUCCGAACGAUGCCACGGGUGAUGCCCAGGAAUCCUCGCCUGGCCAUCAUCACCAAAACAUCGCCGCCUCAUCUUUUCCAACCACCGGUAUCUCCGCUACGGCCGCAGAGGACUGUGCAGAGCCGCUGACUACGAGCACGGAGAUGCAGCCUGCCGACUCCGGAGUCGCCACUUCAACUCCACUACCAUCCCUUACGACAAUUGACUGCAGCGAAGCACAGCCAUUCCGCCUUCUCAACCUGCCAGACGAACUCUGGACCAAAAUUGGCAAGAUGGUCAUCGACGAGCUUCCUGUCACCGAUAUCGACAUGCACGAACUACGCCUCGACUAUUACAAGAGCAAGAUCACCGUCUCGAUGGAGCAGAUUCCAUACAAGAAACAAGAGUUGGUCGGCAUGUAUCUGCGCUCGAUCGGUGCGGAUGCGAGGAAGGAGAUCUCUGGAUCUAUAGACUACUGCAGAAGCCUAUUGCCGUCUUUCAAAAUCCGCCAGCAUACCAACGAUAUGUGGCCUCCUUCGAGCCACGAAGCAGCCCGUACGACUAAGCAUAAGAAGUGCAAUCAAGAGAAGACCGAACAGGGGCAAGACGAGGAUAAGGGAAGUAAGAGGGAGCAGGCAACAAAAAGAAAGGAAGAAGCAGGAGAACCGAGCAAGUCGGAACAAAAGCAAGAGGAGGCAGAGCAAGAGCAGGAAGAGCAGGAGGACACCAAGCAAGAAGAGAGAAACCAGGAAGACGAACAGGGAAUACCAAAGGUUGAUUGCCGCUCUCACGAAGGCGAUCCACACAAUACCAAUGAUCGAGACGGUGGUGCCGAGGAAGACGGUCAGCAGCACAGCUCACCAUUACCUUUACCCACCCUCACUCUUUCCGCCGCCGGACGCUCAACAAGCCUCCUCGACCUACCAGAAGAAUUGUGGAUUGAGAUCGGAAAGACAGUGAUCAACGACCUACCCAUCACCACCAUCCAAGCCAUCGCAGACGUCAGCACUGAGUACAGCGAGCGCUGUGGACACAUCCACUACCAGAACAUCGACACCCUGUCUCCUCGACCUCUUCCACCAGCAAUUCUUCAAACCAGCUCGGCUCUCCGACGAGAGCUGCGGCCCGUCUACUUUAGCGAGAAAAUCGUUGUCGAGAUCUCCAUUAGAAGCGCGGCGCCGCGACUCCUUCUCUUGGACCGAUACAUGGAAAUUGUUGGACGCUCGGCUUGUCAGAAGAUCAAGGGCGUUGUGAGGUGGGAUCGUUUGACGAAGGCGACACAUACGCCGGAUCCGUGCUAUCGAGGUAUGUGGGAGAGGAACUUCAGAGUCGUUUAUGGGGAGGCGCUUCGCCGCCGCGACUUCAUCACCAUCAUCUCCAAGCUUAACCGCUUCGCCCUCGAUACUUCCAGCACAUUGGCGCAUCUCACUGCCAGCGAAGACCAAGGAUCUCCCAGCGCUACCAUAGCAAGGCCACCGGUACCAGAGGAGCUUGCCCAAGCAUUCGCACGCCUAGCCGCAGUCGCAGCCUCAACAUGUAGAGAUCCCGAAUACGACACUGAAGCCUUCCAGACCGCUUUCCUUGACCAUCAGUUGGAGUCUGCCGCGCAAGUUCCAGAUACAAUCUUCACCCAAGGCCAACCUCCAGAUGCGCCUGCAAAAUCUUCACUUCAUGCUACAGUGGAGGACAAGUCCGAAUCGCCGGAACCAUUUGCGGGUGGCAAAUCAUACCCAACAAAUCCACCUUCGAAAGUUCUCCCGCGGGUAUUGUCCAAGCCAAACCUUUCCUCGCGGGGGCUGCCUCCACGCAAGGUCACUGGUCUUGCGCCAGAUUCUAUGAAGCCCAUUGCCGUUGGUAGCGCCCAAGGAAUCGAGACACGAGCCCCCAUGGCAGGCAGUACAUCAACAGCACCGGGAACGAAGCUUUCUUCGAAACGGCAGUCUGAACCCAAAGCUUUGGAGAGCUCUUCUUCGUCCAUGUCCGAGGCAGAAUCGGACCCAAUGCUCACGAAAGGUGGCAACAAGCUCAAGACGAAGGCCUCAAGCUCUGUCCUUCGUACUCGUGUCAAUCUUGGUGAUCGAGGCACGGCAUUCGGCUCUGGUGGGAUCCGACCGAAGGGCAAGCAGAGUGUCCUUUCCAACCACACCAUCGGUACAGUCGGUGACGGGACGAAACCGACGUUCGGACCAGGCACGCUGGGCAACUUGAUCAAGAAGCCGAGGAAGCAUCCAAUCUCCGAAAGCGACGAGCACGCGGACGAGAACGUUGAUCUGUCGACUCUGGACGAUCCAAGCUCUCACACACUGACACCGAAAUCGUACUUGAGCGAUCGGAGGGUGUCUGGAAAAUCGCCGCGUUUGGACAAUGGACCAGGCACGACCACGACCGCGGAAGAGCAAUCUGGAUCCAUCCCGCCGCUGAACGCAUCUGAAGAGGAUCCGCCGAUACAGAGCGUCAACCAGCGUAGGUUCCCUCCAAUCGAGUUGUCGGACGGCGAGAGCGAAAGCAAUGCCGUGCGCCCGGACGACCCGACUAUGCUUCCACCGUCGCAGCCUCUUUACUCUGCAAUGCAGCCAUUUCUCGAGCCAGGGACGGCAUCAACAUUCACAUUCCCAUCUUCCAUAUCUCUGAAUGGGAUCGAUCUGUCGUUCAGACGCACGACGAGGACGGACUCCUGCCACAGUAGUCUAGGUCAGAUGAUCAACAACGUCUACCAACUAGCCGAUGAUCUCCAGCACAGCGCUGGUGCUGCAACCUCGAUUCCCAUCUACGAGGUCCACAAGAUUUCCACCGGUAGAGUUGUGGAGGUUUAUCAGGAUGCAACGAUCGACGCCAUAGUCACCCGACUCGGACAGAUUGACGGAGACAACCGGCGGGGCGAGAUGGAGUCCCGACUCAUUCAAUUGACGUUUCAGACUGUCAUCGACCAGCAGAAGUGCCGCCGUGUGGCCAACAGCGUGGGCAAUGACAUGAGAAGCCGCGAACAGAAGCUUUUCCAGGCCCUCAGGAAUACCACGGCAAGCAAUGCGCACCAGGGUACGACGGACUGCGACUACCGGAACCAAUGGGAAUUCCUGCAUCAGUUGCGCGUCAAGAACUGUGUUUUCUUCAUCAUGCUAUUCCACCCUUCCAUCGCCAGGGCCAUCCCGCGGACUUUGAUGACAGUGGAAGAGGCAGAAAGGUGGGAGGUCCUAUUCGGCAAUAUCUUCACCGUAGCAAGUGGACGCAUUUCCCAGCAUUUGGCCGGUAACCUCCGCGCUUGGUAUCAGAUUCCGCAGCAGCCAUCAGAUAGCGUACGUGCCCGCGGGAAUGGAUUUUUUGGACGAUGGGUCAGCGUUGAAGAUGCUAUUGAAUUCGAUCGCAGAGCUAUGGGCGAUCCGAGUCUGGAUAAUCAUAUGGUUCUCCCUUCGGAUGUGAUCUUUCACCUCGGACCGCUUGGAUACGACGAGCACAACGGUAUGCAGAGCACCAUUCUCGUACAGACCACACAUCGCGACCCUUGGCUGGCGGAUGAGGGAAUGCCAACCGCCAUGCGAUGGACAUUCGUCCCAACCAAGAACGUGGAGCCAGGAACUGUGCUAGGUUUUAUGCCUUGUAUGAACUCAAUGUCGGAGUCUGAAUACCAGCUAUCAAUUGCCAACAAAGACUCCGGCGUUACCUAUCACUUCAAUCGAGUCUUUGGGUCUGUCUCUUGUGUUGAGUUCGUCGCCAACGAGGAGUCUGCGAAUGCCGUGCUUGUCUCAGAGCGGGAUGAGGACCCGGCGCUUCGCAACUACGCCAGCCUGCGAGUUCCGCUCAUGGCCACGAAGAAGACUACAGUGCUUCAUGCCGUGCGAGUCUACGUACCUGGUCGCAAGCAAGCGAGAAUUUUGAACGCUCAAAUGAGCAAGGCCUUGAGCGGCGAGCACACCACAUCAGCUAAAGGACCUUACGAUGUGACACUGGCGGAACCUAUGCAGGCAAUGUUGGGCGUUUGCGAUUCAGAACAGUCCAUCCUCUCCCAGCGCCUUCAAGAAAAGUACUUCAAUCGCAACCAGGCGUUACAGGCGGACCAGCUCAUACAGAUCGAACAUGCCGACGCCGUGCACUUUACGGCAAUCCCAACCGUGGACUACAACGAACUGGAGCGCAACGGCAACUUUGACAAAGAGUUCGAUGAGGGCAUGAAGCAAGCUGCCAAAUCGAAGGAGGCCAACCCCGCGAGCGUGAUGAUGUCCAAAGUCCCAGCCGUGACAAGGCGUCAAGUCGCUACCAUUACGACUUCCGCUACCCGUCUGCCCUUCCUCACAUCAAAGGUGCAAGGCAAUCUUCCCCAGCUCUUGGUCGGUGGACCUCCACUACCGCUUCCUCAUCGCUUCGAGAGGAGCGAGGGCAAUGGCGCUGGUCAGGCUGCGCUCCUCAUGCUCUACGCCAUGACGCCGAUAAGACGACUGCUUACGCGAAGUAGCUUGUUCCGAGAGUUCUUCCAACCUCAGUGGGAAUCCGUCGAAUCACCAACGGCAAGCUCAUCGAGAGACGCACAGCGCUCGGACGCAGACACUCUCCUCCGCGCCAUCAAUUCUGCGUUGCUCGUUGCUGACGAACAAGAGGAUGGUCUUGCGGUUGUCACCGAUUUUGACGACGCAUACAAUGCAGCCGUACAGUCGUUGUGCCCGGCAGAGAACAGAUUGGACCCGCGGAAGCACGACCCAUUCGACAUACUCGUCAAUACUCUCCUCAUGCUGUUGGACAUCUUGUGGCAAGCUGUUCAUCAACGUCAACAACGAGAGAGUCUGGGGUUCUCGGGACGACCUGUUUCAAUAUCACCAAGGAGGCCGCCGAACCUACCGACGCCGGAUAUUAAGAAAGUCGGACAUGUCGAGGGACUCGGAUAUGUCGAGAAAGUGGAAAGAGUCGCGGAAGUCGGACGGGUCGAGGAAGCGGCGCGAAAAUCGGACAAACCGGGAACGAGGGAAAUCGAGAAAAUCGGACAAACCGGGAACGAGGGAAAUCGAGAAAGUCGGACGAAUUAA